AUUACAUCACUGGCCCUCCUCCAUAAAUACAUGAACAGAGUUGCCGUCUUCACACAGCCAACUUCAUUCUCUCUCGAGCUCUUCUUCUUCUUCGUGAAAAUCACUGACAAUUGAACAUGGAUCUCAAGUCCUUUAUCGAAGUUCAACCAGACUCUCACUUCCCCAUUCAGAAUCUCCCUUACGGAGUAUUCCGGACUGCUCCUGAUUUGCCUCCCCGCCCUGGUGUCGCUAUCGGCGAGUACGUGUUGGACCUCUCUGAGAUCGCCUCCGCUGGCCUCUUCGACGGUCCUCUCCUCAAGAACUCCGAUUGCUUUAACCAGCCUAAUCUGAACAAGUUUCUGUCUCUGGGACGGCCUGCUUGGAAGGAAGCUCGUGCAACGCUUCAAAAACUGUUAUCGUCCACUGAACCAACCUUGCGUGACAACGAAGCUUUAAGGUUGAAGUCACUUAUUCCAUUGAAACAAGUAAACAUGGUUCUUCCCGUGGCCAUUCACGACUACACGGACUUUUUUUCGUCUAUGCAUCAUGCAAAAAAUUGUGGAACUAUUUUCCGUGGCCCUGUGGACCCGAUUGUUCCCAACUGGUUCCACCUUCCAAUUGCAUAUCAUGGACGUGCAUCAUCUAUUGUCAUCUCCGGGACAGAAAUUGUUCGACCCCGAGGCCAGAGUAGACCAGUCGGAGAUUCUCCACCACCUUUUGGCCCUUCUGCUAAGUUGGAUUUUGAACUGGAAAUGGCUGCUGUUGUUGGUACUGGAAAUCUGUUGGGAAAGCCUGUAGACAUAAAUGAAGCAGAAGAUCAUAUUUUUGGCCUGGUGCUGAUGAAUGAUUGGAGUGCUAGAGACAUUCAGGCAUGGGAAUAUGUUCCUCUAGGACCCUUUCUUGGGAAGAGUUUUGGGACUACUAUAUCCCCAUGGAUUGUUACACUAGAAGCCUUAGAGCCUUUCAAAUGUGAUGCUCCAAAGCAGGACCCAGCUCCAUUGCCAUAUCUUACCGAAAAGGAAUCCAAGAACUAUGACAUCUCACUGGAGGUUCGAAUUCGACCUGCUGGCGAAAGCGAUGCACAUAUAGUGUCAAAAAGUAAUUUUAAGCAUUUAUAUUGGACGCUGCCUCAACAGCUUGCACACCAUACCGUCAAUGGCUGCAACUUGCAGCCAGGUGAUCUCUUGGGCACUGGCACCAUAAGUGGACCUGAACCAGAAUCUCUUGGGUGCUUGCUGGAAUUAACAUGGAAUGGAGAAAAACCAUUGGAGUUAGCAAAUGGGUUACAUCGUAAAUUUCUUGAAGAUGGAGAUGAAGUUGUCUUCACUGGUCAAUGCGAGGGAGAUGGUUACACUGUUGGGUUUGGGACAUGCGCCGGAAAGAUUUUACCGUCAGCUGAAGAAAAAGAUUUGAUUAAUUACAAAUCUUAAAUCUCCUGAAUGUUUAGAUUUCUUUUUUCUUUUCUUGUAAUAAAAUCUGUAUAGAGGCUGUAGCAAGCGGUAAACAACUUGAUCAUGAUGGUUGAAUGAAUAUCACUGCCUCCGUUUCGUUCUUCAAAGUGCA